AUUGUCCUGCAUCAAUAUGUAAAACAAGUUAUGUGAAUAGAUAAAUAACUACAUUUGCUGAAUGUUUUGGAGCAAAACUUUCAAAAAUAUCGUAAACUUUGUCACUUUUUCAUGACGUCACUCAUAAGAAUGAAAUGGGAAGUCGAAGCAAAGCUUUGUCACUUCGUCGACUUCAUAGAUAAAAAAUCAUUUUGGAGAAGAUCGCAGUGUCACAGUAGCAGCCGCAGCACAAGCUCAAGAAACAGUAGAAACACCAGGCAAACCAUCUGCCACAACUGCAGGGGCAUCCCUGUCUUCAGCUGUGACAGAGGAUCAGGGAGCGAUGGCGGCUGGUAGUGAACGUUAUAUGACGUGUCCUGAUUGGGGGGACAGAGUGCCAAUUGCAGAGGAUGUGUCACGCAGCCUGGAACCAGGUGCCUAUCUGGACUCUAUGCUGGUUACCUCUGAGCCCGAGACUGAUGAUGAGUAUCGGUUGCCGGUGGGCCAGUGCCGCCCCGGACCAGCCGAUGGGCGCCUCCUCGACAGUGGCCGCUCCGGCGACUCAGAGGCCGUGGAGGAGCGGCUGAACGGAGUGCACCUGGACGCCGCCUCGGUAAAGUCGGCGGCUACCUCCGGCUCCAGUGGCAGCGGCGGCGGCGCGGCGGCCGGCGGCGAGGACGCCACCGACGGCGACGGCGACAUCACCGCCACACUCGAGUGGAAGGACCAGCAGAAACACAUCUUUGUGCUCAGCGAGUCCGGCAAACCUGUCUACUCGAGGCACGGCAGCGAGGAGCAGCUGGUGACGCUCUCGGGCGUGAUGCAGGCGCUCGUCUCGUUCGUGCAGGACUCGGGGGACAGCCUGCGCGCGCUGCGCACCGGCGACCGCACCAUCGCCUUCCUCAGCCGGCCGCCUCUCAUUCUGGUGGCCGUCUCGCGCGGCCCGGAGAACGUGCACCAGCUCAACGUGCAGCUCUUCCACGUCUACUACCAGAUCCUGUCGGUGGUGACGAAGUCGCAGCUGACGCGGAUCAGCGAGCAGCGGCGCAAUUUCGACUUUCGGAAGCUGGUGUCGGGCGCGGAGCGGUUCCUGGACCAGCUGGUGGCGGCGGUGGACGCGCGACCCGACUACCUGCUGCAGGCGGUCCAGUGUCUGCGGCUCGAGCAGGCCGCUCGGGACGCCGUCGUGUCGGCCGUCCAGUCCGUCUGCUCCAAAAUCAAGGACCUGGUGUUUGCGCUGCUGAUCAGCGGCGACCGUCUGAUCAGCCUGGUGCGGAUACGCUCCCACUACCUGCACCCCACCGACUACCACAUCGUCUGCAACAUCGUCACCUCCACAGAGUCCUUCAAGACGGUCGAGGGCUGGAUCCCCAUCUGCCUGCCCAAGUUCGACUCCAGCGGCUUCAUGUAUGCCUACGUGAGCUAUUUAUCGGAAGAGUGUCCGGCGUGCCUUGUUCUGCUCACUGCUGAUCGCGAGAGCUUCCACGCGCUCGCCCAGGCCAAGAGCAAGAUCACUGAGAGGCUGCACCAGAACGGCACAGCGCAGCAGAUCGCUGCGGCGAUAGAAAAUGGAGAUUAUCCCGUCCAGGAGACAGGCGUGCUCAACAUGCGACACUUCAUGUACAAGUGCAAGUCGACGGCUCAGAGCACGUGUCCGUCCCCGAGCAUGGUGUACGGCUCGCCGGAGGGUCGGCGGCGGCUGUACGCCCUCUAUCACAUAGUGCACGGCCGGGUGCACAGUCCGGCCCGGCCGCUCAAGACCUAUUACUUCGCCGGCAGCCACGAGCUCGUCGUGGGAUGGGUGAGUCCCGGGUUCGAGCUGUACACCGUGUUCGACCCCCAUGUCAGCCAGCAGACCUCCAUCACCGAGAUGAACCGGCUGCUGCGGUGGAUCAAGGACCACGAGCGGCGCGUCUUCAUACUCAGCUCGCCCGUCUUCUAGGUCAGCCCCGGUGCGGUGGGCCGCGGGACGGCUCCGGCCGGCGGGUCCGGGCCGGUCUGAGGGCGGUGUGGGGAGUGGGGACACUGGACGGGGAAGGGCCAAGUCGUCUCGCCUCAUUUCCCCGGUUAGACACUGCCAGUGACUGAUGGCGCCGGUCGCUGUGAUGGUCUCCGUUUCAACGGUCGCUCUGAGGGGUCCACAGUGCGCCGGCCGCCUGUGAUGGUCCCCGUCUCACCGGUAGCUGUGAGAAUUCACAGCCCACCCGGUCGCUGUGAGGGGUCACAGUUCGCCGCUCACUGUGGCGGGUUCACAGUCGCUGUGGCGGGUCCACAGUGUGCCUGUCACACUCUCCCGGCGCCGACGGUGCGGACUGGCGGUCCGCUCUCGGCGCAGCUGUGAUGAUACGGGACGGGUGUGUGGCCGGGGCCGGGCUGUGGGGUUCGGGGGCUGCCGCCGGCCGGCGACUGCCGUGUGUGUGCCUGGGUGUGGGUGGGGUCGGGUGCUAGGGGCUCACCCGCCAUCCCCCGCCCUCCGCUGAGACGGAACAGCGCGGAGACGCGGCCAGUCGUCCGCCCGGCGGCGUGCAAUCAUAAUAUGAUAUAUCCAUAGAUGUGUUUGUAUCGACCCAUGCCUUGUUGCUGUUGUGAAUUGAUACGCAGUGCAUGUAUUUAAAAUAUACCGGCGUCUGUGCGUAUUGUAGUACUGGGCUAGCAUUUCUAUCUUCCUCUCUGAUUAUUUAAGCAUUCAUAAGUAUAGCGGCUGUAUCUGCAUUGGAGCAAACACUGUUAGCGGAGAUACAAUUAUAUUUUUACUAUCGCUGCUAUUGGCUUGAGAGAUACAUCUAUUAUGCUUUACCAAUUCAGGACAUCACAAUGUGUUAACCUAUGGAACUCUUAAGUAUACCUAUGGUGCCGGUUUGGGUGGGAGCCAGGAUUAGCCCUGCAAUCUGAACUGUUGACUGAUACGGUGUUACAUGAGGGAUCGUGUCACAAAGGCAUUGUUACAUUUCUCCAUAGCCAUUUACCUUCCAGCUGCUCCCAUAUACUGGCAGGUUCGCUUUGCGUGAACCCGCCACCUGAGUACAAACUGUGGAAAUGUAUAGGUACUGGUGUGAGUGCAGUGUGGCGUCAAUGAACUACCAAUAUACAAUCAGGCAGCUAAA